UGUUCGCUGAAAAUUAAUCGCUGGCAUCGCAGUCGCCGUCGUCUGGUUGUCAGUUGUCAACAAACCGGCUGACGAAUCAGUCGGUACUUACAUCAUAUUCUUGUGUAAAUUUAAUAAAAACCUAAAAAUGUCCGUCGAUCUAACGUACAGGUUGGCGCUUAUAGCAGUCUGCGUGGUGUCCAGCUACGCUGCCAACACGCUUAUUCUAGUUGACACCCUGGCAACUCGUGAGACGCACUCCAUAUUCCUCAAAUCAUUGCAAGAACGUGGACACGAAGUUACUGUAAAGGCAGCAGACGAUCCUUCUCUUCAGUUGUCCCGAUAUGGAGAAUACAUUUACCAGAAUCUAGUGAUAUUAGCCCCAGGAGUUGAAGAGUUUGGAGGAGCUCUUAGUGUGGAGGCUAUCGUGGAAUUUAUUGAUGGAGGUGGCAACGUCUUGGUAGCUGGCUCCCGAGACGCGGCCGACCUGAUCCGUGAACUCGUCACUGAAGUUGGUGUCGAAAUGGACGAAGAAGGAGCUGCAGUGAUUGAUCACCUUCAUUAUGAUUCUAAUGAUGAUGGUCAGCAUACAUUAGUAGCAGCCCCAAGCACUGGACUGAUUGAUUCAGAAGUGAUGACUGGAGUCAAAGACACAGUUCCUUUGCUGUAUCGAGGCACAGGUCUCAUCACCGAUGUGGACAAUCCUCUUGUACUGCCCGUCCUGCGUGCCCCUUCGACCGCCUAUUCUUACAAUCCCAGCCAGCCUAUUACUGACUAUCCACAUGCCACUGGCCAGAACAUGCUUUUGGUGGCAGCUCUCCAGGCCCGAAACAACGCCAGGGUGGUGGUCUCUGGCUCUCUCGAGUUCUUCUCUGAUGCCUUCAUCACAGCUGCCGUCCAGACUCCACAGGGCGAGAAGUUCGAACGCUCGGGCAACGGGAAGGUGGUGGAGUCCCUGAGCCGUUGGGUGUUCAGAGAGGAGGGAGUUUUGCGUGUCGUUUCAGUCGACCAUCACUUGGUGGGAGAGAACGAGCCUCCCAUUUCAUACACCAUCAAGGAUAAUGUGGAAUACAAGAUAAAGGUUGAACGUCUCGUGGACGGAUCAUGGGUGCCCUUCCAAGCUGAUGAUUUGCAGAUGGAAUUCGUUCGCAUCGACCCAUUUGUCAGACUGACCAUGGUCUCUGGACCUGAUGGUGUAUUCUCUAUCAAGUUCAAGGUGCCUGAUGUUUAUGGAGUAUAUCAGUUCAAGGUAGAAUACAACAGGGUAGGGUUCACACGGCUCUACAGCACUACCCAGGUGUCCGUGCGUCCAUUCACUCACCUCGAAUACGAAAGGUUCAUCGAGUGUGCGUAUCCAUACUAUGCGAGCGCCUUCUCCAUGAUGGUCGGCGUCUUCCUGUUUUCGUUGGUCUUCCUGCAUCAUAAAGACCCACCUGUUAAAACCAAGGCUGAUUAAAAAUGAAAAUAAAAUGUUCAGUAUUGCUGCACGUUUACUGCCGCCAAGAUGUUAUGUGUAGUACUUUGAUUCCAGCAUUUGACGGCAGUUUUCUAUUUUUGCAUUCCACUUUGUGUAUUGAAGUUCUCAGUUAUUUUUUUGCUUAAUGUUCGGUACUUUUUUUUUGUUUUGUAUCUGAUUCAUUGGAUGUUUAUGAGUAUUUCAGUAAAGUAGGAAAUUUUG